AAUCGUCACGGGCGGUACCUCCACGCCGGGUAGGCGCGAAAGCUCCCAAGUCGCUGCCGGGUUGAAUACGGCGGGAGCAGCUGCGCCGCGGCUGAGGGAGCCGGGGACCUGUUUCGUCCCGAGCAAAGCGCUGGAGAGGCCGAAGUCAUGACGGGCUUAGUGCCUUCCGAGGUUCACCUAGAAAUCAAUGAUUUAAAACUCAUUUCACAAGAAGAAACAGAUAGUCCUUUCGACAGUGGACUGGGCAGCUAUGAAACAAUUGGACCCUUGAGUGAAGGAGAUUCUGAUGAAGAGAUAUUUGUGAGUAAGAAAUUGAAAAGCAGGAAGGUGCUACAAGACAGUGAUUCUGAAAGAGAAGAACCAAAUGCCUCUCCAGAGAAAGCUACCUAUGACAUUGUCGAAGAGGAAAAUAAAGAGAACUUAUAUGCUGGAAAAAAUGGGAAAGCCAGAAGGAUGUACAAAACUCUGGCAGACAGUGAUGAAAGUGACAUGGAGGAGGAAGAGUCUUUGUAUCAGGAAAAUCUUGAAACCCAAGUGACAUCUUCCUUAGAGCUGGGCUGUCAACCUGAAAACUCCGUGGACUUUACAGCUAGUAGAAAGAUUUCCAAAAAACCCAUACGUGAUAAAGAAGGAACUGAAGGGAAAGCAAAAGUAAAAUCAAAGAGAAAACUGGAGAAAGAGGAGAGAAAGAUGGAAAAAAUUAGGCAGCUAAAAAAGAAGGAAACAAAAAACGAGGAAGACAAUGUGAAACAGCCAUUUACUGAUAGUGGCUGUCUUCUUGUGGAUGAAGAUCUUUUUGAAACUGGGUUGGAGGAGGAAAAUAACUCUUCAUUGGAAGAUGAAGAAUCGUUAGAAUCCAUAAGGGCAGCUGUGAAAAAUAAAGUAAAAAAACACAAGAAAAAGCAACUAUCUUUGGAGAGUGGCAUUUCUUCAUAUGAAGAAGAAAGUGAGUUAUCAAAAGGCACCAUGAGGAAGGAGAGGAAGGCAGCCAAGUUAAGUAAGGAAGCAUUAAAGAAGCUACACAGUGAGACUCAGCGCCUUAUUCGAGAGUCUGCACUUAAUCUUCCGUAUCAUAUGCCUGAGAAUAAAACCAUUCAUGAUUUCUACAAACGUAAACCCCGGCCCACUUGGCAGGGAAAUGCCAUGGCCCUACUAAAGUCGUCUAAGUAUCAGUCAAGCCAUCACAAAGAAAUCACAGACACUGCCAACACAACUGAGAUGAGCAGUGACCAUCCUAGCAAAGAUUCUGAGCCAACAGCAGGUGCAGGAUAUGAAAUGGAAGCUAAUGCACUCCCUGCAGUUUCCAAGGAACUCCAGAUGACCACUGGACCAGAUGAGUCUUGCAGUAAAGAUCUGAUGGUAAGUGAAGAGCCAGAAAUUCAGGAGAAACAGGAGCAGAAGGAUGCUAGACCUUCUCCUGGGGACAGCUCAGUGGCACAGCAGGAAUCCAGCUUCCUUGGGAACAAGGUCAAUGACGGGUCUGAGACUGCAGGGCAUGUGGCACCUGAACCUGAUGCCCUGGAGGGAGAAGGCCUGCAAAAAACAGAAGAAGCAGAUGAGAAGGUGGAAGAGCCCAGGCAGCAAACCAAAUCAGCAGCAGUCGUGGCGCCUGAGAAAGUGAGGAGGUUCACACUGGAUAGACUUAAGCAACUGGGAGUAGAUGUUUUCGUUAAACCUCGGCUGGGUGCUGAUGAAGAUUCCUUUGUGGUACUUGAAGAACCUGAACCCAACAGAGAACUGGAAGCCUUGAAGCAGCGUUUCUGGAAGCAUGCUAAUCCAGCAGCCACGUCCAGGGCUGCUCAGAAGGUAAAUGUGAACAUCGUCGUGAAAGAGGUGGGCACUGACGGUAAGGAAGAGCUAAAGGCCGAUGUGGUACCCGUGACGUUGGCAGCUGAGAAGCUGGAUGGAGGAAGCCACACAAAACCAGGUGAAAAGCUUCAGGUGCUGAAAGCUAAACUGCAAGAAGCAAUGAAACUCCGAAGGUUAGAGGAGCGCCAGAAGCGCCAGGCAUUGUUUAAAUUAGAUAAUGAAGAUGGAUUUGAAGAAGAGGAGGAGGAGGAGGAGGAGGAGGAAGAAAUGACGGAUGAGUCUGAGGAAGAUGGAGAAGGGGAGGAAGAGGAAAAGUUAGAGGAAGAGGAGGAGGAAGGCAGCCACGAGGUUUCUGGCAAUUCUACAGCAGAAUUCCUUCUUGGUAAUGAAGAAGUAGAAACCAAAGAUGAGAAAGAAAUGGACAAAGAAAACAAUGAUGACAGUAGUGAAAUUGGCAAGUCAGUUGACCUUCCGUCUGUUCUUAAGCCUCUCUCAUCAGAUUCUACCGUUCUCCUAUUUAAAGACAACUCUUCCAAGAUGGAUUACUUUCCUAGUGAAGAAAAAUCAGAAACAGAUGAAAACUCAAGCAAAAGGCCUAACAAACUAGAUGAAGAGGAUUCAUGCUCAUUGCUAACAAAGGGGAGCAGCCACAAUAGCAGCUUUGAAUUGAUUGGCUCCACAAUUCCAUCCUAUCAGCCUUGCAACAGACAAACAGGCCUUGGGACUAGUUUUACCCCUUUAGCAGCAGGAUUUAGAUCUCCUUCCCCGGGGCUGUUUCGAGCCAGUUUGGUCAGCUCAGCUUCUAAGAGUUCAGAAAAGCUGUCUGAGCCUUCACUUCCCAUAGAGGAUUCCCAGGAUCUAUAUAACGCCUCCCCAGAGCCUAAGACACUUUUCCUAGGAGCAGGAGAUUUCCAGUUCUCUUUAGAAGAUGACACGCAGAGCCAACUGUUGGAUGCAGAUGGGUUCUUAAAUGUUAGAAACCACAGGAAUCAGUACCAACCUUUGAAACCUCGAUUGCCAUUGGCCAAUAUGGAUGAGAAUGCCAUGGACGCUAACAUGGAUGAGCUGCUGGAUUUGUGCACUGGAAAAUUCACUUCUCAGGCGGAGAAGGCUCUGCCAGGGGAGAGUGACAAGAAAGAGAACAUGGAGGAACUUCUGAAUCUUUGUUCAGGAAAAUUCGCCUCCCAGGAUGACUCCGCUCUGGCUCCAUCAGAGUUAAAUAAACAGGAGAAGGAGAGCAGCAUGGAUGAUCCGAUGGAAGAAGCACUUGCUCUUUGUUCAGGCUCUUUCCCAACAGACAGAGAAGAAGAAGGUGAAGAGGAGGAAUUUGGAGACUUUCGGCUUGUCCCAAAUGAUAAUGAGUUCGAUAGUGAUGAGGAUGAACACAGUGACUCUGGUAAUGAACAUGAGGCCCUGGACGACCAUGAGGAGGAUGAUGAAGAAGAGCUCCUGAGGCAAUCUGAGAAGUUGAAAAGGCAAAUGAGAUUGAAGAGAUACCUGGAGGAUGAGGCCGAGGUGUCAGGGAGUGAUGUGGGAAGUGAAGACGAGUAUGAUGGGGAAGAGAUUGAUGAAUAUGAAGAGGACGUAAUUGAUGAAGUACUUCCUUCUGAUGAGGAACUACAGAGUCAAAUCAAGAAAAUACACAUGAAAACAAUGUUGGAUGAUGAUAAGCGACAGCUCCGUUUAUACCAAGAGAGGUACCUUGCUGAUGGGGAUCUGCACAGUGAUGGUCCUGGACGAACGAGGAAAUUUCGAUGGAAAAACAUAGAUGAUGCCUCCCAGAUGGACUUGUUCCACAGAGACUCUGACGAGGAACAGAUCGAGGAGCAGCUUGAUGAGACGGAAGCCAGAUGGAGGAAGGAGCGAAUUCAACGAGAGCAGUGGCUUCGGGACCAGGCAGAGCAGGGGAAAAUUUCACCUGAAGAGGAAGAAAUUGGAGAAGACAGUCAGUUUAUGAUGCUGGCCAAGAAAGUUACAGCCAAAGCAUUGCAGAAAAAUGCCAAUCGCACUGUGGUUAUACAAGAAUCAACACCUUUACUCAGAAAUCCUUUUGAAGCCAUCAGACCGGGAAGUGCCCACCAGCCAAAGACAGGCUCACUGCUAAACCAGCCCAAAGCUGUACUUCAGAAACUGGCUGCCCUCUCUGACCUCAACCCCAGUGCUCCCCGAAAUUCAAGAAACUUUGUCUUCCAUACACUUUCUCCUGUCAAGGCUGAGGCAGCAAAGGAAUCAUCCAAGCCUCAGGUGAGGAGAAAAGGCCCAUCCGUAAUGAGAACGCCUUCACCUAAGCGCCUCAAAACAAGUGAUAGCACUUCAGGAUCGAAGCAGAGCAUCUUCACAUACUUGGAAAGCUAACACCAGGGGGGUGCCAGUACCUACUUUGAGACUGCUUUGAGAAGUUCUGGCAUUGAAAGUUGGGAUCUAUGCUCAUGUGGAUGGGUCUUCCCUUCCUUCAGAAUCGAUGCAUUAAGAUUGCCGACAGAGACUUCAGGUCUUUCCACUGCAUGGCUCUGGACAACUCUUUCCUGUCCCAGUAUUAUUUCCUGGGUUGGCCACUAAUCUUAAUUCUGCAAGAUUUACAACAUUGACUCAUGGGAUACUUGGGUGAAGACUUAAUUCCUUCAUUAAAUAUUUGCCAUUUUAUCCUAGGGAAAAGUGUGGCAUUACAGAAAGCAGUGACUGUCAGUAUCAGCAUGACUCCUUCAUGCCCCUCAGAUCUGUACCAUGGUGACCAGGACCCAAUGAAAGAGCUACUUCUUAGAGGACCUACGUACCUCUGGGCUGUCCAUUAGUCUUGCCCUUUUCAUUUUCCUGUGUCCUCUUCCCAAGACAGCCCCAAGUGUCCAGCAAACCUUUGCUUCCUUUAUGAUGUGGACUCACACUGGUACUCAAGUCAGAAAGAUGUUGGCCCCAAUUUUCUGGUAUAUGAGGAUGAAGAUGCAACAUGAGAUAUCCCAUGGGACAGAGAGUUCUCUCCUGGGACUAAAUUCUCAAUUUGAAACACUUGUUCAAGGACAUCCCUUCUCAUCCUGACAAAAAGAAGUAUAACCAGAGGCAAUUUAAUACUUCAUUACCUGUUUUGAGAGAAGGCCAUCAUGGAGUUUAAUCAUAAUAUUGUUAAGAGAGUCCUGGCUUGUGUAGCUCAGUUGUGGAGCGUCAUCCUGUGCACCAAAAGGCUGGGGGUUUGAUUACCAGUCAGAGCACAUGGGUUUCAGGUUCAAUCUCCGGUCAGGGUGCAUGUGGAAGGCAACCAAUCAAUGUCUCUCUCUCUCUCUUCUCCCCCUUCCUCUCUCUCUAAAAUCAAUAAGCAUGUUGGGUGAGGAUUUUACACACACACACACACACACACACACACACACUAGAGGCCUGGUGCACGGAUUCGUGCACUGGUGGGGUCCCUCAGCCUGGCUUGCUCCCUCUUGCAAUCCGUGACCCCUCAGGGGAUGUCAGACUGCCCAGUUCAGCCCGAUCCCCUGCAGGCCAGGCUGAGGGACCCCAUUGGUGCAUGAAUCCAUGCACCGGGCCUCUGGUAUGCAUAUAAGAUCUUUGGUUAAUCUCUUUCCACCCUCCCCCCUUCCCUGUGAGAUUCAUCAGUCUGUUCCAUGUUUCCAUGCUUGUGCAUUGAGCGUCUGCCCCCUGGUGGUCAUUGCGUGUCAUAGCUACCAGUCAGACAGUCACUUAAGCUUUUAUAUAUAUUGCUAGAGGCCCGUUGCAGGAAGAUUCCUGCAAGAAUAGGGCUUGCUGUGGCCAGAGUGAAGCAGAGAAGGGAGCAAAACCCGCUGAGGCGGGCUUCACUCCCGCCUUCGCCGCCCUGCUUGCUUCCCUCUUGUCUCCGCUGCCCCGUUUGGUUCUUCACGGCUUCACUCCCUUCUGCAGCACUUGGCUUCCUUCUACGUUGUCUUCAGUGUUCGCUCAGUGCGCCUGUGUAUGCAAAUUAACCGCCAUCUUUGUUGGGUUAAUUUGCAUACUCAUCUGAUUGGCUAGUGGGCUUAGCGGAGUGACACCAACUUGCAUAUUUCUCUUUUAUUAGUGUAGAUAUAAGAAUUGCCAUCACUCUCCUGAGUUUCCCUAAACUACCAUGAGGCACUCAGAUUUUACGCAUUUUCCCCCCCUUAGAACUGACUAUCACUGCUGCUUUAGGAAAAACAUUCCCUGUGAAUAAUGUGGUUUCACAAUCCGGAGUUGAACUUGGGAAGUUGGAUGAAUUGUGCCAAUUUUUUAUUGACAGGAGGGGAACACCAAUUUAAUUGAUGAAAUUAGGGAAUAGGUUUUCUCCAGUUGUUUCUAAUGCACAGGAUGCUGACUUUGACAGAUUUCAUGUUUGUAUAUUUGUAAUCUUGUAAUGAGGAAGAUGUAUGUAAAGAGGUUUUAAUAUGUAUGUAGUUUUUCAAUAAAUCUCAAUGCCUGGAGGGCAGGAUUUCC